AUGUAUGUUUCCGUUCCGUCUGUACAAUUACCACUGGAUCAUGGUGAAAAUAUUCCGGUGCCAAAAUGUCCAAGCCCAGAUGUUUUGACUGCUUUUACUGAUAUAUCAAAUGCAAAUGAUGCAUAUUCCGAGUAUGUUCCCGAACCAUCAGCGUCAAAUCAGCCGAUUCUAAUAACGCAAAGUAAGUUGGAUGAAAUUGUUGCUAAAUUGGAGCUAACACAGCGAAAGUCAGAAAUGUUAGCAUCUUUUUUUAAAUCAAAUAACUUGUUAGCAACAGGUACAAAAGUUACGGCAUAUCGUAAUCGCAAAGAACAAUUUAAUAAUUUUUUCACUGUUAAUGUGGAAAAGACUUUUGCUCAUUGUCACGACAUUUUAAGUUUGAUGAAUAAAAUGGAUAUACGAUACAGGCCAGGCGACUGGAGGUUAUUCAUUGACAGUUCGAAAUUCAGUUUAAAAGCAGUUUUGCUUGACAAAACAAACUUAAAACCAUCGAUACCAAUUGCAUACGGAACUGAUACCAAAGAGACGUUUGAAAAAAUGGAUCACAUUUUACAAUUGGUCGAUUAUAAAAAACACAAUUGGCGUGUAUGUUGUGACUUAAAGAUCGUUGCCAUGCUUACCGGUCUUCAAGGCGGCUACAUUAAGCACAUGUGUUUUUUAUGCGAUUGGGACAGUCGUUAUAAGGGAGAUCAGUAUGCAAAACACGACUGGAAAAUGAGAGUUGAGAGUGAGAAAAGAGACGCCAAUAGAAUUCACAAGGAACUUGUACCACCCGAAAAAAUUAUUUUGCCUCCACUUCACAUCAAACUAGGCAUUGUAAAAAAUUUCUUAAAGGUAGUUGCUAAAAGAGAUGAGGUAUUUCGCUGUUUACGUGACAUUUUUCCGAGAAUCAGUGAUGUCAAAUUAAAAAACGGCGUUUUAAAUGGUCCUGAUAUUCGGAAAUUGGUAAAGUCUGAAGACUUUGACAGGGUCUUGGUUGACAAUGAAAUAGUUGCGUGGUCGUCGAUAAAAGAAAUCAUUGUUGGACUCUUAGGCAAACAUCGUUCUCCCAAUUAUGAAGGAUCUGUGCGACGAAUGUUGGAUGCUUUUUCCAAAAUUGGAGUCAAUAUUGCCAGGCUUGACGGGGCCAAAUAUCUGCCUCCAAACCAGGGGGGUACUUUCCAGGGAGCUGGUGGUGCCGGUGGAUACUCUGGGGGCGGUGGAGGCAGCGGUUUCUCUGGCGGUGGGGCUAGCGGUGGAUAUUCCGGAGGCGGCGGCGGUAGAGGGGGUGGAGGAGGUUACUCCGGGGGUGGGGGUGUUCAAAGCGGAGGAGCUGGAGGAUACCAAGGAGGCGGCGGCGGCGGUGGAGGUGGAGGUGGCCCUCAAAUCCCCAUAAUCCGUUUCGAAAACAACCCCAACCAAGGAGACGGAAGCUACAACUACCUCUACGAGACCGGAAACGGAAUCAACGCCCAGGAAGAAGGCUACCAAAAGGACGGCACAGCCGCCCAGGGCUCGUUCUCUUACACCUCCCCCGACGGACAACAAAUCCAAAUCAGCUACACCGCCGACGAGAACGGUUUCCAACCCCAGGGUGCUCAUUUACCAACCCCGCCACCAAUCCCACCGGAGAUUCUGAAGGCUUUGGAGCAAAACGCUGCUGACGAGGCUAGAGGUAUCUCCGACGACGGCCAAUACAGAGGUGAAGGAGCUGGUGGAGGCUCAGGAGGCUACGGCUCAGGACCUUCGGGAGGUGGAGGUUAUAAUGCUGGAGGUGCAGGAGGUGGAGCUCCAUCAGGAGGCUACAAUGCGCCAGGUGGCGGAGGUGCUUCAGGAGGCGGUGUUUCGAACCAAUACGGUGCUCCAGCUGCUGGAGGAGGGUACAGAGGUCAGCAACAAGGCUUCAGAGGCCCUGGUGGACCUUCAGGAUCCGGAACCUCUGGAGGAGGUGGCGGGUAUAGGUACUAA